UACCAUUUUUAUGUCGACAAAAAAUUCAAUCUGCAUUGAAUCCCUAAUUUACAUUCCUCAUCGUUGUUCUCUUCCUCCUCCUAUUUUCCCCAAAUCAUAAUUAGGGCUUAGUUUUUUGGUUUUGGAAGACCUUGAAUCCUGCUUCAAUCGGAGCUUUUCGAGCUCAUUCAUGGCGUGCGCAUCACAUUACUCUUUCUUUGCUAUGGCGGCGGCGAGAUUCAGCUCACUCUCUUCUCCGCGCCAUCCGAUAUUUGGAUAUGAUGCAAUUGUCAUGUUUGUUAAAGAUUUAGCCGUGAAUGUACGAGACUCUUGUCAACAGAUGGUUCAAGGUUCUCCUUCAGGAAGCAAUGGCUUUGACGAGGGAGAAGCGCCUCGAGCAGUUUUUAAUGUGUUGGAUGGCAUUAUAAAAAGCACCUUGGAUCGCUUGAAGACCGUAAGGGAAACUUUGUCAGUACCUGAAAUUAUCUUGGCGAAGAUCUCCACAACCACUGAUUUUCGAGAACUUGAAGCUGCUAUUAGGCUUUUAAGUUUGGAAGGUAAGUUAGAUGUUGCCCUUUGGCUUCGAAGCAAGCUAAUCACAAAUCAUUAUGUUCCUGAUGUAAUUACACACAAUCACCUAGUCAAUGCAUUUUGUAAAGUUGGUUGUUUGGAGAAAGCUGAUUAUCUUGUUAGAGAGAUGUUAGCCCAAGGCCCCUCUCCUAAUUGUGCAACUUUCAACACAUUUAUCAAGGGUUAUUGUUUAAAGGGUGAUGUAGACAAAGCUUUGUCUUUGUUUUCUUCAAUGGCUAAUUAUGGAAUCAAGCCAAACAGGAUUACUUGUAAUAUACUUAUUCAUGCUUUAUGUAAAGAAGGUUUGGUGGAAGGAGCUAGGAAUUUCCUUGCAGAGAUUUUAAAAGAUGAGUCUGAGAGGAAACAGAUUGAUUUAAUUACGUCUACCAUACUAAUGGAUAGUUAUUUUAAGAAUGGAGAUAUUGCUGAAGCUCUUGAUCAAUUGACGAAAUUGUUGCAAGAGGGUAAACAAUUAGAUGUUGUUGCUUUUAAUGUUCUUAUACAUGGUUUUUGCUCAAAUCAGGAAAUUAAACUUGCAUUUAGUUGUUUUGGGGAAAUGAUUAAGAGAGGAAUUCAACCCGAUGUAGUUACUUGUAAUACCUUUAUAAGUUACUUCUGUAAAUUUGGAGCUUUUGAUGAGGCAUUGAACAUGCUUAGUAUAAUGCUUAAUAUGGGAGUGGCUCCUGAUUGCAUCACUUAUAAGAUGAUUGUUCAAGGCCUCUGCUUACGUGGAGAGGUUGAUAAGGCAGCCAAAAUACUCAGCUGUAUGUUAGAGAAUUCCACUAUCCCAGAGCCUGUUAUUUGGAAUUCCAUUAUCUAUGGUUAUGGAAAAUGUGGAGACACCAAGAAUGCACUGUCUAUCAAAGAGAAGAUGGUUGCUUUUGGCGUUCCCCUGAAUACAUACACCUACAAUGCAAUGAUAUAUGCCUUGUUGAAAGAAGAGAACAUCAAUGGAGCUCUAUCUCUAAAAAGAGAGAUGGAUCAGAGUGGACAAGUUCCUGAUCUAGUGACAUACAACAUGUUGGUGGGUGCCACUUGUAAUCUUGGGUUAAUACAGUUUGCACUUCAAUUGCAUGAUGAAAUGCUUAGGAGGGGGUAUCUUCCAGAUGUUGUGACUUACACAGAACUGAUCAAAGGUUAUUGUUUAAAGGGUCAAGACAAGGAGGCAGAAGAAAUAUUUUUCAGGAUAUGGAAUUCUGGCCUUCAGGUUGAUCACGUCCCAUGCCACAUAUUGGUUAAAAGACACUGCAGAGCUGAAGGGCUUAAGCAGUCACUUAGCCUCUUUGACAAUCUAUUGGAUGGGUAGGAAUGUGCAUAUGCAGGAGACUUAAUGUGCAUAAUGCCUUUGGAGAUUAUGUAAGAAACUGUUAUAAAGUCUAGAUGAUGCAUUAUCAUCUUGGACUAUUAUGACUUGAGACUUGAGAUGGCUUUGUCUAGAUGAUGAGCUCUCAGAUCAAAGAUAGGGGUGCAAGCCAAUUUGAGCAGAUGGGAGUGGGUGAUGAUUGACGAUCCCUCCGAUGACAUCAUACUGCUUUGUAAGUCAAGUAAACGAUAUCAAAUCCCAGUGUUGUCAAACAUUUGUCACUUAUGGGUUAUUACUUGCCCGAGAGUGCUUACAGACACAGUAGCACUGCAGCUGAGAAAUUUGCAGUGCUCCAUUUUGAGGUACACUGGAUGUCACUAUCAAUAUGAUUUGAUACGAAGGAUUAUUGAGAUUUCACUAAUGGAUGAGCACCAAGACUGUGCAGAGUGUUAUUUGCUGUCAGGGUUAAUCAAGUGGUGAGGAAGGGCUUGUCUAGGCUUUUACAAUUCCAGCAAAAAACGAAUCUCGGUUUCAUUGAUGGUUGUGGCAAAAUAAUACAUGGAAGUUUGAGACGGGGGACAAUAUUGAUGUACAUAAUUUACUCUGCUUGAUGAAAAGGGAAAAUUGUCUGAGGUGUAACUGUAACCAUUGAGGCCAAGCUGGCUGUGGUAUGAAUAUUGAUUGCCAUAUCAUUUACUGUUAUAUUCGCGAAAAGUAAUGUUAUCAUAAACCAACAAACUCGUGAAGAGUUGUUAAAAUUAA